CCCAAACCUUCGAAUCUCCCCAUUUCCUUAACCAAAUCCACUAAAAAACCCCAUUUUCUUCAUCUCCUCACUUCCCUCUCCAUCUCUAUACCCAUAAAAUCCCCCAAAACCUUCCCAAUCAACAAAACCCAAAAAAAACCCUACCCAAAAUUCGAAAUCCCCAUUCUUGGACAUUCAAGGUCCGAAAUCUCCCCAAAAAUCUUCAACCAAUACCAUAUUCUUACUCUCCUCACCAUCCUCUUCAACCCCAUACCCAUAAAAGCCAUCCAAAUCCCACCCUACCCCAAAGUCCGAAAAUCACAAAAAAAAUCCAAUUUUUUUUUUUGGAACUUCAAUGGCUCCAAGAAAGUCAAAAGCCUCUUCCUCAAGGGGAAAUCGAGCUAUCCCACCGGUAGCGGGCUAUGAGAGCGUGGAGUUUGCUACGGAGGCUCACAGAACAACUUCAUCAACCAAUCAAAAAGGGAGGUAAAGCAAUCCCGUUUUAUGUGCUUAACUAGUUUAGCGCUACUAUGGAUUGAUACUGUGAUGCGUGACAUAUUUGCAAGAAUUGGAAUAUCUAGAAUGUUUGAAAUGCAAUAUGUGACAUAUCCUCAUUUGGUGUAUGAAUUUUUUAGCUCAUUUGCGUAUACCAAAGAUGUGAAUGAUCAUGCAAAUGACAUAAUCACCUUUCGUUUACUAAAUGAGGAUCGUUCAUUAACCAAACGAGAAUUUGUUCAACAUUUUGGUCUCCCAUGGUUUGAUGAAGCACAUACAUAUGAUUCUCUUGUGGGGUAUGAAUUGUGGAGAAGAAUGACCGGCAAGAAUGUGGUUGAUCUAUCUAAAUUAAGUGUGAAUCGUGUGCAACAUCCGGUCUUCCGACUAUUCUUAAAAUUUUGCUCAAAUUGUUUCCUCGGAAGACCGAAUAAUCAUCACACACGUAUCUGGGAUGUGUGUGUUCUAGCACAAGCUGUUUUGCCGGGUCCAAAUCAAGUUGAUGUUGCCACCAUCUUAUGGACUCAUUUCAACAACGUGGCAACAUCAACAGGACCAAUUACUAUGGGGGGCCUCCUCACACAUCUAGCCACUUUAUAUGGUUUUAUAGACCCCGGCCCCAUCACCUCAAGACACCUUAUUUGCACUGAAUGGCUUUUACAAAAGACGCUAGACUUGGUCCCCUCGCACACAACACCAACUGGGGAACACAUCUAUAAUUGGCGCAUUCUCCCACGCACUUCCAUCUACCUCCAGAUACCCUCAGCCGACGUCCCCCUGGAUAUCAUCAAUCACCAAAUCGGGGAUGGUCAUCACUAUUGUCUUCCCGGGGCAAUCCCGGAUCAUUAUGAAGAACCCAUCCACGAUGAAGAUGAUGAAGAACCCCCCCAAUCAUACCCGAACAACCACAACCUCAAGCAUUCCACUACACACCUUUCGAGCAACAAAUGCUCGAUAACAUGGCCACGCUCAACCAGAGCAUUGUGAGGAUGGAAGAGCAGCGGCAAGCAGACUGGCGUAGGUAUGAGGAAGACAGACGGAGAUCUGAGGAGGAUCAGUGUAGAACCUUUGGUCCGAUAUACUCAUAUAUAGCACACCAGGGCUCUUUUUCCUCUAUGACCACUCCACCUCCUGCACCAUCAUGGUAUGACCCCUCUCAGUGGGAUUUCUUUGGAGGAUCGAGCUCCGGUGGUGGAGGCUACGAUGGUGGUUAUGGCGGGGAUCACAUGGAUGAGGACGGACACCAAGGUGGAGGUCUAGGCGGACACUAGGGACAGUGUCAGAUCCUAAGUGUGGGGGUAAAGAGAUCUUUCCGGAUCCUGAGGGCGAUUACUAUUGAGAGUUCGGAUUAAAAUUGAAGACCCAUCUUUACUCUUUUUUUGUUUUGGAGAUACUUUAUGUAUUUGUUAUAAACAAUUGUGGAUGUUGGUGCUGC